GGGGCACAGACUGCCUUGCGCUAUGUCCAGGCCCCUGGGUAGGAGGGGCCCGCGAGGCCUUGGGCGGAGGUCUCCGGCAUGUUGGAUCGGGGCAGGGGUGGCCUACGGAGGUCGGGUUUAGGUAGGACUGUGUAUUCGCAGGGAGUGGUCCAGGCACCUGUGCGGCCGAGGUCCGGAGCCACCUGUCCACAUACCCCUUGCUUCGGUACCCUGCGUUCUUUCCAGCUACCCUUAGACAUAGGCCCUUACCAGCCUCUGGAGAUUAGUUUAUUUCGGAAUUGUUCGAUUUUUGUUUGAAUGAUCGUUUUACUACCAUCCUACGACAGAUGCGCGACUGGUCAAAUGACCGCGUCAUUAUUCCUUGCCGCUAGAAGGCCCUUCCAGCUCCUAAAAUUACGCGACGCGGUGAUUUUAGGUAUCGCGCGGAACAUACUGGUUCUCAAGAAACGAAUGCCCCCCCGGCCCCCCGAAAAAAAAUGGAAGUAUCUUUCCUUUUUUUCCGACCGUAUUAUCUGAGGAAAAAACGAAACAAAACGCAAGAAAGCCUAUAGCAAUCACAUCCUCAAAAGGAAAUCACUAUAAACAGUUCGGGGUAUAUCUCCCGUUCCUUAAAGAAUGCAUAGACGUUUACGUGUGUUUCUUGAAUGGGGUAUUUAUGUAACUUGCUUUUUUCGCUUAAUACAUGCAGAGCUUUUUUUGUAUCACUGUAUAAAGAUCUUUCUCACUGACAAAACGCUGGUGCCGCCUCAGAUUGCACUGACCCAGAGCCUGGAAGGCAAGAAUUUUCAUGUCCAUGUACCUGGGUUAAGAAACUUGUUACACGGUGGCCAGUAUAUUGAAUAGAAAUAAGCUGAAAAUUCAGGGUAACAACGAGCUUCUAUAAAAUAUUGUUUGCUCAAUUUGAUAAUUUUUUUUCAACGCAUUAGUGAAUUGUAAAAUCAGUGGGUUGUGACUAGCAUUUUAAAACAAUGAAAUAAGAGUAUGGAAAAAACCAAAAUGCACUGUGUCGUGACAGUAUUGUUUUGUGAAGCCUUUUUUUUUUUUUUUUACCUUUGUGUGUGUGUGCGCGCGGGCGUGCUGGAUUGCAGUAUAAAACGUAUCCCUGUGUUGUGCUAAAUUGAAACUCACUAAUCCGAGGUAUUGUUGGCACACACCUCAGGAUAGGAGCAGUGAUGCAACUAAGAUAAACAUUGGUUUUACUGCUUUUUUGGAAUAUGUGGCUGUUUCUUAUAGCAAAUUAGAUAUCUAAUUGUUUUUGCCUAAUAUUAAAACAAUUAGUAUUCCUGAAAAUAUAGAAAAGCAGCAUUUCAUUCAAGUUAAGAGGUUUAGGAGCAUAAGCUGCUGAUAUUUAUUUAGGGUGAAAUUCCAGCUAUUGCUUAUUGUGUGUGAUCUGGGCCAGUGCCUUUUCUUCCUAAAUCUCAGUUUCCUGAUUUGUGAUGGGUGGCACAACUGAUUAAGCACUUGACUACUAGCCGAGACGUUGAGGUUCUCACCGGGAAGACAGGCCUGGUGAUCAGCUUCCAGAGGGUCACAGUCUUGAAAAUCCUUUGGGGCACAGUUGUACUCUGCACACAUGGGGUAGCCAUGAGUUGGAAUGUACGCGCCAGCAACAAACAACAACAACAUAGCACCUACCUCAUAAGACCGUUAGAUUUCUAGAUGAAAUAACGCGUGUGAAGCUGUUGACAUGGCACCUGACUCAGAUUUGAAGUGUUAGCUAAGGAGCUCUGAUGGUGCAAUGGUUAAGCGUUCUGCUGCUAACCAAGAGGUCCAAGAUUUGAACCCACCAGCAGCUGUGUGGGAGACCUGGGAUCUGCACCCCUAAAGAUUGAUGUUUUGUUGUGUGUGCCAUCUAGUGAAUUCUGCCUCAGCAACACUAUAGGACAGAGUAGAAAUGCCGCGUAGGGUUUCCUAGGCUCUCAUCUCUACCAGAGCAGAUCACCAAGUCUUUUCCCCUGUGCAGCAGCUGGUGGGUACCAACUGCCAAUCUUUUGGUUAACAGCUGAGUGCUUAAGGGAUCCUUCCAUUAGCAGCCCAGAGCUUAGCCACUUCGCCACCAGGGCUCCUUUCCCAUAAAGAUUGCGUGACACUCUAGGACAAAGUAGAACUGCUAUGGUUUCCUAGGUGGUCAUCUUUACAGGAGCAGAUGGCAAGGUCUCCCCACCACACCCGACCAUAGCAGUUGGUGGGUUCAAACCACUAACUUUUUGGUUAACAGCCCAGUACUUAACCAUUUCACCACCAGGGCUCCAUUCCCCAUAAAGGUGGUUUUUGUUUUGCACUGUUGAGUCCAUUCUGACUUAUAGCAAGCCUGUGGGACAGAGUAGACCUGCCCCUUAAGGUUUUCUAGGCUGUCAUCUUUAUGGGAGGAGAUCACCAAGUCUUACCCCCAACACCCCCCGCCAAGUUCAAACCACUCACCUUUUGGUUAAAAGCCUAGUGGUUAAUCAUUGUUCCACCAGAGCACCCUCUAUAAAGAUUAAAAAAAAAAAAAAAAAAAAAGCCCCCUGCCAUCCUACAGCAGCUCGCAGGUUCAAACCAUUGACCUUUUAGUUAACAACCAAGCAUUUUAACCUCUGUGCCACAAGGGCUCCUCUCAAAGACUAUAGCCUAGAAAACCUUAUGGGGCGGUUCCAGUCUGUCAUAUAGAAUCACUAUGAGUCAGAAUUGACUGGAGGCAGGACACAACAACAAUCAGUUGACCACAUGCCCUUCUGUUGUCUUGUCUUAUUUUCUGUUUAAGUUGGGCCCCUCUGGUCAGGUAAUUGAAAAAUGUUUUGCAUGGGGAUGUUGGAUUUUGUUGGCUCUUAUUUUGAUGUCACAGUCAACUUGAAAAACACACACAGCUCUGAACUCAUUUUGUCAGUGUUUUCACUGGUGUUUACCUCUGCAGCAGGUACACAUCUCAGGUGUGCAAGUAAUACUCCAUAAAACAGAAAAAACACAAUUUCUGUUGAAUUGGUUGUGCGGAAGUCAGACAGUUCAGAGAUCUCUGUUCACUGCCCCAAGUUGGUUUAUGCAAUUGUAAAUGUUACAUAAACCAGUGAAGUUGUAGUUUGAAUAUGGUUUUUUUUUUUUUUAAAUAGCAUUGCUAUUUUUAUGAAAAAUAAGUGUUUUGGAAAAAAAUCUUAAAAAUCAGUAAUAAUGCUCUCAGUUUUGAAAAUGCUUUUAAGUACUUGUUUUGCUUCAGAGACACCAAUAUGGAAACUUGCCGAGGAUACGUUAUGAAUGUGGUUUAUGAACAAAACUGAUCUGGAACUCUAGCAGACCUACCUACAAAAAGCCCCAACAAAACCAAACCAUCAAACCCAACUUGACCUUAAGUCAAACAUUCACAUACAUUUAUAUGUUUAAGUUAAAAUACUAAAAUUAUGUGUAUAAAAAGAGAAAAACCAUUGCCAUUGAGUCAUUUCCAACUCAUGGUGACGAUAUAGGACACAGUAGAACUGCCCCAUAGAGUUUCCAAGGAACACCUGGUAGAUUCAAACUGCCGACCUUUUGGUUAGCAACCGUAGCUCUUAACCACUACACCACCAGGGUUUCUGUUACGUGUAUGGGUAUUUUUUAAAUUAUCCUAUUUCCUGACUCUAAAAAGUUAACUUACCAACCUUUGGUUCUUGUCAGGUAGGAGAGCUUCUAUCUUUCACUGAUAAAAUGCAAUAUGAUGCAAUCAUUAAACAUGCUGUUUGGAAUUAUAUAUAAUGACAUAUAUUGGUGCUCAUCAUAUGUGAUUAAGUGAAAAAAGCAGCUUAUAGAAUAGAAAAUACAGUACCAUUCCAUUUUUGUAAAAAUAUGUUUAGAACAAAGAAGAAUAUAUAACAGAUAUUUACAGUGGGUAGUAGGAUUAUAGCAGAUUUCAUACUAUUUUUCUUUAUCUGUAUUUUUAUAAUUGUACUAUACAAGCAUGUUUUACUUCCAUAAUAAAAGCCAUUUUUAAAAGAAAAAGAGUAUGUGUUUUCCUAAUUUACAAACAUAAAUGAAAUUUUAAGUUUUUCUUGACUCUUUGAAUUUGUAUGUUUUGGGUAUUAUCUAAAUUCUAGGUAUUGGUGUUCUGUAAUCUAGAAAUCGUAGUAUCCUAGGAGAUGGUACUGAGUAGUUCAACAACUAUGAUCUUUACUCUUGAAGAGCUUCUUUGAGAAGAAAAGAACCUUAUUUCAGAAUUUUCUUCAAGCAUUCUUUGAGAAUAUCUCUUUGCAAAAAAAAUUCCACACUGCCUAAAAUUAUGGUCUAAAUUAUUUAGCCUUCUUUUAAAUCUUACCAUGUCAAAACUCGACCUACUCUGUGUUUUUUCUCCUUAAAUUCUCAAAUGAAACCUUAGAUACAGUUGAACUUGUCAGAUUGCUAUCUCCAAAUUACCUCGCCUUUUCUUUUUUUUUGUAUCUUUGUACCAUUGCUUGUUUGUUACUUGUAAUACCUCUUCCUGGUCUUUUUGUAAUCAAAUCCUACCCGUCUUCCAGUUAAAAAACCAUAUCCACUGUGACAUCCCUGGCAAUCCCAGCUAAAACUAAACUUUGCAAUUGAACCCAUUAGCGUAUAUUUGUACUUAGAUGUUUCUCAAACACCACCUGGUACUGUAACUUGCAUUAAUUUCCCAAUCACAUUUUAAACUUAAAAAAAUUGUCUUAUAGUUCUCUGUAUCCAUUAAAGCUCCAAGCAUGGAACUCUGCACAGGAUAGGUGUGUAAUAGGUAUCCCUUGAUUUUACGGUGGUAUCACUGGCUGUUUUGAAUCCAAGUGCUCGAAUUUUUUGUUAACGAAUGAUCCUGGAUAAGGGUCAACAUUUUGCUCACAAUAAUGUGGAGGGGUAAAAAAUUAAUAUUUCAGUUAUUCAGUGGACAAAAAUGUCCAUUGAUACAAAGAAUUGACAAUAUUUUUCACAAAAACUAACGUGGUAGCUAAGAGUUGGGUGGUUAGUCUAGGAUCCAAACUUAAUUUCAUAUAUGUAUGUCUUUUAAAAGCUUUUCAUGAUGCUUAUUUUGUGGUUGAUAGCAUUUUUGCUUCUUGACCUUACCAGAGGCACAGUUGCUGCUUAUAUUGUUUUAUAGCUACAGAUUUGAAGUGUUUGAUGGUGGGUUAGAUGGGCCAUCCGUCUAUUUGCUCCAGAGUAUUUUAGGAGGUCAUGUGGGAUUCAGCGUCAAAGCAUGUAAAGUUGUUUGUGUUCAAAAGUUAAUACUUUUUCUAUUAUUGGAAACAUCACAUCACUUUUCUAACAAAUACGACAUGGGGUACUUAUUCAGCGAAUGGUAGAUGUUUAUGGGGGGGCUUAUCUUCUUUUUAAAUUGUUUAUUUUAAUUUACAGAAGUUUCCCAGGACUAAUCUCGCUGAUGAAAUACCUACCUUUUUCUGCAGAAGAGGCUGGUUUUAGUGAUUUAUUUUCCUUGUAAAUGUGAGAAAUCAGAAUCAAAGUUUCCUCAAAAAGUAAAAGUUUGAGUAUUCAAGGAUAUAACCACUUGACUUUGGUUAUUUAAUAUGCAGAGUGGACAAGGAUAUUGCAGCUAUUGCCGCGUGCUCUAUAAUAACCUGGAACAGCAUAUGUUCAGUGCCCAUCACAGAAACAUGGCCACAGAGAAAAGGAUGGGUAGCAGUAGUCUGAUGGAGCGUUUUUUGCAGGAUGUACUGCGGCACCACCCAUAUCAGUAUCAAGAAAGCAGGUCAAUGCACCAUGAGAGACAUCUUAAGAAUACUGUGUCACCUGAAGUGGCCCUUUUUGAUGAUUUCGUUCCUGAAGAAAUGGUUAAGAACACUGCUGGAGUCAGGGGAGAUGUACCCACCAAGAGUUUCGAAGAGUUAUUUUCUAGACCUAGCAAAUCUCAGGAAUAUAUAAAGGAUAUUUCAAUUCGACCAUCGGUUAUUCAAAAACUGGAGAAGGGACAACAGUAUACCUUGAAGUUUGUUCAUAAGAUUGGGAGCAAUAUGCAAGAAUUUAAUCCGGUAGAUGUUGAUCAAGCUACAAAUAAUGGACAAAACGUAAUACGUCCCCCAGUGAUUUCCAGUGCUCCUCCUGCUAGUCGUUUAUCUGAAAGUUCUUAUCAUAGACCAGUUAUAUCUAAUGCUACGAGGUUACCAGUAGUAGCCCAUUUGGAUUCGGGUAACAAAUAUGACCCAAACAAAGUUGACAGAUACCUUGAAAAACCAGGCAACAGCUUUAGCAAUCCUGUACUAUCAUCCCAUGUAGAAACUUCUUCAGUUUCGUAUCCGGAACCUAAAGAAUCAACUACGAAAUCUUUAUCCAUAAAUUCAGGUAAAUUGAUUUUACAGGAAGGUGUAAAUCCUCAGGGUAAAACUUUGUCAGCAGGCUUUAAAUUUCAUGAAUUUAUGGAUACCGAGGGCCCCUUAAGAUCAGAAUCUCUCUCUAAAUUAGCAGAAAACUCAGCAGCAAACCUGGAUAAAAUUAACAUAUCUUCUAACAAAGGAAUCUCUGAAGAUGCCAUUCCAAAGAACCAUGAAGAAUUAUUUUCUAAUAUGGAUCAUACCCAAGAAGAAAAGCAUAUGUUUUUUAACAAGUCACGCGUUUUGGAACAGAAGAGCUCGGUGUGCUCCGAAAUGAAGUUUGAUUGUAGGUCUCUUCACUCCGUGUCUGAUCAACCCCAAGAGGCUGUACAAGAUUUAAAUCCUUGGAAGGAGGAACAAGUUGACCCAGGAGACAAGAACUGUGAAUCCAGAGGUUUUGAAAUGAGUUUUAAUUGCAGUUCCUCUUUUCUUUCGCUGACUGACCAGUCUGAAGUGACUGCCAAAGAAAUAAACCUUCCAGUGGAAGAACAUGCUGAUCUGCAGUAUAAGAAUAAUAAAUCUUGUGCUUCUGAAGUAAGUUCUGAUAGUGAUGGUUCCCUUCAGUUCAUUACCAGCCAACCUCAAGUGACCGUUAAAGAAACAAGCCUUCAGAAGUCUGUGAAUAUUAGUCUGGUUGACCAAAGCUAUGAAUCUGGUAGUUCUGAAAUUGAUUUUCACUGUGAUACCUCACUUCAGCCAAUUAUUGUCCACCCUCAGCAGUCUGUAAAAGAUAGAAACCUUCCCAUGGAAAUGCACACUGGCUUGGUUGAUAAGAACUAUGGAUCUAGUAGUUCUGAAACAAGUGCUGAUUCUGCUUUCCCACUUGAAGCAGUGGUCGACCGGCUCCCAUCGGCUGUCAAAGAAAUAAAACUUCAGAAGAAGGUUCACAUUGGCUUGGUCGAUAAGAACUAUGAAUCAAGUUGUUCUGAAACAAGUUUUGAUUGUGAGUUUUCUCCUCAGUCAGUAGUAGAUCAUUGUCAGCUGGCUGUGGAGGGAGGAAACCUAAAGGAGAGGCAUGUUGAUCUGGAAGAUAAGAACUGUAAGCCCAGUGGUGUUAAAGCAUGUCUUGAUUGUGAUGGCUCUCUUCAGAUAGUAACUGAUGAAUCUAAGAGGGCUGUCGAGGAGAUAAACAUUCUGAGAGAGAAGAAUGCUGAUCUUGUGGAUAAGAACUGUGAAUAUCAUGGUCCUAAAAUGAGUUUCCAUGGUGACACUCAAAUAAUGGCUGACCAAUCUGAAGUAACAGUUAAAGAGGUAAAGCCUCAGGAGUUAGAUACUGACCUGGAGAAAAAGAGUGAUGAACCUAGCAUUUCUGAUCUAAGUUUUGAUUCUGAGGCUUCUCUUUGUUGGUCAUCUAACGAUCAACGUCAAGGGGCUCUGGAUGAAAUAAAUUUGAAAGAGCUAAAUGUUGACAUGGAAAUUAAAAGCUAUGACUGCUCCAGCUCUGAGCUGACUUUUGAUUCUGAUCCCCUUCUCGCUGUUACUGAGCAGUCUCGGCUAGAUUUUGAAGAAAUAAAAGAUCACAUUAAGCUGCAAGAUAAGAACUUUGAGUCAAAUAGUUCUGAUAUAACUUUUGAAUCAGAUAUUUCUCUUCAGUCAGUAGUUGACCAGCCUCAGGUAACUGUUUAUGAGGAGGAAUAUGUUGAUCUGGAAAAUAAAAGUAAUGCAUCGUGUGUUUCUGACAUAACUUUUGAUUCUGAUAUACCCGUUCAUUCAGAUACUGAACAAUCUGAGGUAGCUGUUAAAGAAAGAACCAUUCAGGAAGAAGAGCAUGUACAUUUAGAAAGGAAGAGUGAUGAAUCCACUGGUUCUGAAAUAAGUUUGGAUUCUGGUAUCCCUCUUCAUUCAGUGACUAAUCCUACUAAUGUAGCUAUUAAAAAGCUUAAUCUUCAAAAAGAAGAGCAGCUAAACUUAGAAAAUAAAGGAAGUGAACCCAGAGGUUUGGAAUUAAGCUCGGAUUAUGAUGACACUUUUCAUUCAGUGACUGACUGUUCUGAAGUUUCUGUUGAUGAACGAAACCUUGAAAAAAAUGGACAAGCAUACUUAGAAACUAAGGGUAACAGACCUACUGUUUCUGAAAUGAGUUUGGAAUCUGAUAUCCCUCUUCACUUAGCGAUUGAUCAUUCUGUCAUAGCUGAUAAAGAAGUAAACCUUCAGAAAGAAGAGCGUGUACACUUAGAAACUAAGGGCCGUGAAUUUCGUGUUUCUGAAAUCAGUUGGAAAUCUGAUAUUCCUCUUCAUUUAAUAACUGAUCAUCCUGACAUAGCUGUUAAAGAUAUAAACCAUCAGAAAGAAGAACGUGUACGUUUGGGAAACAAAAGUAAUGAUUUUACUCUUUCUGACACAAAGUUGGAUUCUGGUAUGCCCCUUAAAUCAGUGAUUUGCCAACCUGAAGUAGUGGUUGAAAAAACACACCUUCAAAACGAAAAGCAUGCUGACUUGGAAGGUAAAAGUGCUGAAUGUAGUGGUUCUGAACUGAUUUUGGAUUCUGAUAUCCCCCAUUAUUUAGUGACUGAACCUCAAACAUGUAUUAAAAAAACGAACAUUCAGAAAGAAGAGCGUGUUGCUCUAGAAAAUAAGAGUGAUAAUUGUAGUCGUUCUGAAAUAGCUUUGGAUUCUGAUGUCUCUCUUCGGUCACGGACUCAAAAACUUGUAGAGGAUCGUGUUGACCCAGAAGAUGAAAGUACUGAAUCUAGAGGUUUUGGAAUAAGUUUGGAUGUUGAUGCCCCUUUUCAUUUCAUGACUGACCGACCUCACCUAACUCUUUUGAAGGAAAAGUGUGUUGAUCUGGAGAAUAAGAACAGUGAAUCUAGUGGUUCAAAAAUAAGUUUUGAUUCUCAUUACCCUCUUCAGGCAUUGGCUGAACAAAUCCAGGAGGCUAUUAAAAAAAUAAACUUAUGGAAGGAAGAGCAUAUUGGCCUGGGAAAUAAGAUUGAUGAACCUAAUGGUUCUAAAUUAAUACACAAUUCUGAUGUUUCUCCUCAGGCUGCCACUGAUCAACCUGAAGUAGUUGUUAAACAAACAAACCUUGAGAAGGAAGAUCAUGUUUACCUGGAAGAUAAGGACAGCCAAAGUAGUGGUUCUGAAAUGAGUUUAGAUUCUGAUUUCUUGCUUCAGUCAAUAAUUGAUCAACCUCAAAUAACUAUUUUGGAGCAGGAGCAUAUUGAACUAGAAGAUAAGCACGAUCAGUCUUGUGGUUCUGAAAUAAGUUUUGAUUCUGAUGACCCUCUUCAGUCAGUGGCUGACCAGCUUCAGAAAGCUGUUAAAGAAAUAAGUCUUUGGGAGGAUGAAGAAGUUAAUACGGAAGAUAAGAGGCGUGAAUCUGGGAGUUAUGAAAUCGCGUAUGAUUCUGAUGUUCUUCCGUCAGCGGCUGGUCAAACUGAAGAAGUACUUAAGGAGGUCAACCUUUGGAAGAAGCAUGUUGACUUGGAAGAUAAGAUUGUCAAGCCUAGUGGUUCUAAAAUAACUUGUGGUUCUGACAAACCUCUUCAUUCUGUGGCUGAUGAAAUUCAAGAGGCUGUUAAAGAAAGAAAUCUGAGGGAGGAAAAUGUUUAUCUGGAUAAUAAAGGCUAUGAACUCAAUGGUUCUGGAGUAAUUCGUUCUUCAAAUGUCCCUAUUCAGCCAGUUGUUGAACAGCUACACAUUUUGGAACAGGAACAUGCCAAUUUGGAAGAUAAAAGCAAUGAUGCUUGUGGUCCUGAAAUAAGUUUUGAUUCUGAUAAUCCUAUUCAGCCAGUGGAUGACCAGCUUCAGAAAGCUGUUAAAGAAACAAGUCUUUGGAAGGAAGACCGUAUUUAUCUGGAAGAUAAGAGCUAUAAACUAGGUGAUUUUGAAGUGACUUACAAUUCUGAUGUUUCCAUUCAGUUCGUGGGUGAUCAGUCUCCUGUAGCUGUCAAAGAAAUCAGCUUUCAAAAGAAGGAUCAUAAUGACCUAGAAAAUAAGAACUAUAAAUCCAUUGCUUCUGAAAUAAAAUUUGAUUCUGGUGUUCAUUUUCAGAUAGAUGUUGACCAACCUCAGGUGGCUUGCAAAGAAACUGAUUUUCAGAAAGAAAAGCAUCUUGGCAUGGAAGAAAAGACCAGUGAACCUAGUGAUUCUGAAAUGAUUUGUGUUUCUGAUGUCCCUCUUCAAAUAGUAGUUAACCCAUCUCAAGGGUCAGUCAAAGAAACAAAUCUUCAUGAGGUGGUAUAUUUGAACCUGGUGACCAGUGAUAGUGAUUGCGAAAUAAUUUCUGAUUCUGAUACCCCUUUUCAGUCAGUGACUGACCAGCCUCAAAUGACUGUCAAAGAAACAAACUGUAUAAAUGAAGAUUGUAUUGGUGUAGAAGAUGAGAGUUGUGACUCUUCUUGUGAUUCUGAAAUGAGAUACGUUUGUGAAGGUUCUCCUCAAUCAGUGACAAACCAAUCCAAAGAGAUUUUCAAAUUAGUAAACCAGAAAGGAGACUAUAUUAUUCUGGAAGAUUUGAGCUGUGAUCCUUGUGGUUCUGAGAUAGAGUUUAAUGCUGAUGUUUCACAUCAGUCCAUGAGUUACCACUCUCAAAGGCCUUAUAAAAAAAUGAAGAAAUAUAUUGGCUCAGAAGAUAAGAGUUGUGGAUCCAGGGGUCCUAAAAGAAAAUUCAACUGGGAAAACUCUUCUCAGUCAGUGACUGAUCAAGUACAAAAAGCUACCAAAAAAGUCAAUCUUCAAAAGAACCUGGGAGAUGCUGGCCUAAAAAAUCAGAGCUGUGAAUAUAGUACUUCUGCAACGGAUUAUGAUUCUUCCCCUGAGUCAGUGAUCUAUGAAAUGGCUGAUAAAGAAAACUCUUUGAAGUUAAAACAUACAGAUCUAGAAAGUAUAAGCUGUGAACCUUAUGAUCCUGAGAUGAAUUUACAAUGUGAUCCUUCUCUUCAGUGCGACAGUGACCAGCCUAACGAAGCUGUUAAUAAAAUAGACCUAUUUGAGACGAUAUCCUUUGACCUGAAAGAUAACCAUGACACCUAUUCAAGCUCUGUUUCCAUGGUUAAUCCUCUAAGCAACCUGGAGAAAACAAAGAGGAUCGCAGAAGAUAAUUUUGAUGAACCAGUUCUUGAAGACUUGCCUCACGUCCCUCCCUCAUUUGUAGGGAAAACAUGGUCUCAAAUAAUGAGAGAAGAUGAUGUAAAAAUAAAUGCUCUUGUGAAGGAAUUCAAGGAAGGUCGUUUCCACUGUUACUUUGAUGAUGACUGUGAGACCAGGACAAUUAAAAAAAAUAAUUCAAAUGAAGGAAAAAAGGUUACCUGGGCUGACCUUAACCAGAAAACUACAUCAGUUCAAGUGCUAUCAGAUUGUGAUGAUAUUGAAGGUGAUGUUUUGGAUAUUGAUGACUUUUCGAUGGCCUUAGAUAAACCAUGCCUUCAUUCUAAAGCAAAGAGGCCUUAUAAACAAAAAUGGCACAUGGCUCCUCGAUGCCAGACUGUGAAAGUCAGCCAUGGAACUCAAACCAAUUUUAAUAGUUACCCAGUGAUGAAAAGAGAAAUAAUUAGACAAGAAGAAGACGCACCAAAAAGGAAGCGUUUACGUUUACAGAACGACAAAAUAACAACAAAAGAAAUGGGAACAAUUGAAUUUCCUGAAUCACGUACUGAAGUCUUGAAACCUUUGCAACCCAAUGCCUUAGUCUAUGUUCUUUCUUCUCCAAAUACUAAACCGAAGGAAGAUGAAUCCCUCAGUUUCUCUGAAAUGGGGCAAAAUAGUUGGGAUAAUAUACAGUACAAGUAUAAGCAGAGUUCUAUUAGGUAUUAUGACCCGUUGACUAAGCAAACUGUAAUUGAUCCUCCUAACACAGUAGUACCAGAAUCUGACAGUGAUAACUGGGUGAAAAUUCAUUUCAACAGGAGCGACCCAGACUGCCGUGCACAGGAAAAUGAUGCUUACAUACAAAGCUCCGCUUCAGCAUCUUUUACGGCUGUUCCCGUAAGAUAUGGAUAUGAGUUAAAGUCGCAUCAGGAGGCCAGUGGGUCUUCUGUGUUUCUAGAGGGAUCAGAGAUUUUGAAUUCUAGUGAUGUACCAAAGGAAAGUAAUUUCCACUUAACUCUUUUAAAUCCUGAUGCUGCCCAAGUCUCUGCAAAAUCAGGCAGAAAUGAGUUUUUAGAAAGUAAAAGUAAAAAAAUGUGGAGAAGGAAGGUGACAGCUAAUGAUAAGCCAAUUGUUCUUCAGCAAAAAGACAGAAUAACUUCAGAAAAACAACCGAUUUGGAGUAGGACUAAACCAGGUGAUAUAAUUAGAAAGUAUAUUCCAAAAUACUCGGCUUUUUUACGUCAUCGAUAUCAAUCCAAGAACAUUUCUAUUGGAAUGAAUCUGCAGAAGAAAAAAUCUGAAGUCAGAAGGCAAAAGAAGGUGAAGAGACCAGACCAAAUACUUUCGAACUCAGUGCCAUCAGCUGGCGCUGAAGAGCAGUUCGGAGCUAUGGCGAGGUCUGCUCCAAAGCAGCCUGUGCAGGAUCCUUCCCGUGUUGCAGGAAGGAAGAUGAAUCGUAAUAAAAAUCGCCUUAGGACACAAAAACAGCCUUCUGAACCCGUGAAAGUGUAUGAUUUGCGAAGUUUAUCUUCUCAGAUACCACAAUCUGAUAGAGUCAAGACUCGGCUGUCAAACAGAUUGAGCGGUAAUAAGGUAAACUAGAAGUUUUUGUGUUACAACUAGUUGAGGAGUCAGUACUUCAGCGGAAAUAUAUUUGGUACCUAGUGCACAUAGCUUUCCUGACUUUGGUGGGAAAACUAACCUUGAGCUAUUUUGCUAUAGAUAUUAUUUUUCAGAACUUUUAUAUUCAUUUGAAAUCAGUGCUUAGGGUCCUAUUUCUUUUCUAAGUCUCAGAAGCACCCUUUGUCCAUUUUCAGUAGAAGAGCUUCAUCUUAAUUUAUAUCAUGAUAUAAUUUAGUACCCACCCAGUACAGUAUAUAAAAUUUUGUCUCUUAACUCAUGCCCUUCUUAUUUAUUUUUUAUGAUUGCACCUCUCCUGCCGGCAGGUUAUAACAUUUAGAGAAUGUGCUUAGCAAACUUAUUAAAUGCUAUCUUUACUUUUUAAAAAUUGGAACAAAUGAGUAUAUACCUACGUCCUAUGUGUUUCAAAGUGGCAUUGUCGAUAUAGUAAUCUUACUGGAUAAUCAAAAGGAAAUAACUAUAAUAAAUUACCUCAACUUUGACUGGGGUUGACUUACCAAAAACCUAUCGCUGCCGAGUCAAUUCCAACUCAUGCUGACCCUAUAGGACAGAGUAGGACUGCCCCAUAGGGUUUCUAAGGAGCAGAUGGUGGAUUUGAACUCCUGACCUUUUGGUUAGUAGGUGAGUUCUUAACUACUGUGCCACCAGGGCUCCAAGGUAGACUUAAGUGAUCAUAAACAAAAGAUAACUUAUUUUUCCUUUAAAUUCUAUAGAAUGAGAUUCCUUGACCUUUAAGCGUUUGGACACACGCGCACAUACGAUCUCUGCAGGUUUUUCUUUUGCGUUGUUACAUUUUAAGAGCAAAAUGAGCUUGCCAGUGUGGUCAUUAUUUUCUGCUACCUUUAUUCUUCUCUGCAUGAAGAAUCGGUGGUUUGAUAUAAAAACCCAGGUUAUUUUGUGGCCUUAUGUCUUAAAAAUAUUUUAGGCAUUACCAUAACAUUUCUUAAUAGCUUGGACUGAAAUUAGUGGUUUUGGUAAUAUUUUUGGGCAGGCCAUUAAUUGUUAUUAAUAAAUUAUUUAUGUCUUAAUAUUUCAAAAGAGUGAACAGAAUGGGUAAUGUAAGUGAGGCCCAUUUUACAAGUGAAAAAGAAUGUAUUUUUACAUUAGUUUGGUUUUCCUUUAACUUGCUAGCUGAUUUUAAUAGUUCAAAUAAAAGGUAUUAAAAUAGGCAGUUCAAGUCUGGAGUACUCAGAAUAUAUUUAGAUCCUUUAUUCAGGGACACUGAUUGAGCUGUUAUCCAUGCAUCUAAUUGCCUGUUAAGAUCCUGGACCCCUUUAAACCAUUAGUGUUAGGAGGAGGCAUGAGUUUCAACUAUAUCGUACAACUACCGUAUUUUAUUGAAACUAGGAUCAAUGGUAAGAUGUAUCAUGGUUUCAGAGAUGUAAAAAUAUGUUAUCUUAAAAUUGACAAAAUAUGGUAUAACAGUUGGUUUCUACAUGCUUUAUUUCAGGAGCCAUUUAUUUAACAUGUGGGUUUGUUAUGAUAGUGUUAUGUUAUAAUUUACUUAUUUCUAAAUUUAAACAGUAAUUAUGUUAAAAAAAAUGGGCCAAUGUUUGUAUUUUUACUGGCAAAGCAACAUAUGUGAUGUCUUCUUCAACCUUUCUCCUCAUUACAAAGAUUUUAAUUUCCUUUUUAAAAUAUCACUGUGGACCACUAGUUCAAAAUAAUCUUCCAAUUUUAAUUUUGGAAGAAAACUUCUCGACUGGUUUUUUUUUUUUUUUUUUGCCUUCUCGACUGGUUAGGAAGUAAACAAAUAACUAAUAUAUAAAAUGUAUUGAAUUUGUGGGUAUUGGUGUCUUUUUUCCUUAUGAAAUAGACACAUAAUUCCCUUAAGUAUUAUUAAUUGACAUUCUACAUGCUUUUAGUAUAAGUUUAAAAGCAAAAACCACAUCAUUUGCCAUCAAGCCCAUUCCGACUCAUGGUGACCCCAUGUGUGUCAGAGUAGAAAUGUACUCCGUAGGAUUUCCAAUGGGUGGUUUUUUGGAAUUAGAUCACCAGGCCUUUCUCCCAAGGUGCCUCUGGGUUUUUAAAAACAAGAGAACAUAUAAUCGAUGUACAUAUGAUGUAUAAGAUCUAUUGUUAUUAUAUCAUGCAGAGAAGAUAAUUGUUGUAAUUCAAGUGAUCAAAAAUUUAAAUUAAAAAAUUCUGCCAUACUUUUUAGAUUGAGAACUUCUAAGUGCCGUUUUUUAAAAAAAAGGUUUAUAUUUAAGCUUUAUAUUAUUGAAAGUAUAAAAGUAUGACACAAUACUGAUGAUGUUGUUUUAACAGUUUGGAAAUGUUUGCUAAAUUUUUAUAGUCAAUAUUAUUUUAGACGAAAACUUGAAAUUAUAAAAAUUAUAAUUUAAAUUAAAUUGGAAAUUCAUUACUUUCAGAAUUUGGGAGGAUACAAGAUGUGCCCCUUUGUCUAAAUACAUUUUGGCUUAACCUGCAGAUUAAACAACUGGCUGUUUUUGUGUAUUCAAGAAUACAUUAAAUUCUCCUAAUAGUAAAAAAAAAAAAAAAAAAAAAAA